CUAUCAUAUAACCAAGUGGGCUCUGCAUGGACCAGCUCCCUCAUGAAGUACUGCUCAAAAUACUACGGCACCUCGACCCCUAUGCCCUCGACAGUACCCGCUCAACUUGCCGCUUUCUAAACGAGCUCAUUGAUGAAUCUGUCUGGCGUGAUGCCUUGGUCUGUAGGUCUGCCAUCUCGCAUGGAAUCAUCCCCAGAAUACAUCCAUCCUGGCGGAUCGAAUCGCUCCGCAGGACGCAGGCCAUCAGAGACUUCCACCGCGGCCAAGGCAACGUAUUCGUCAUCAAUCCCAGAAUCGGUGAGAUCAAUUCUGAUACUAUACGCUAUGAUUUCGAGCGAGAACGAGCAAUCUUUGCCAGCAUUGACUCUAGCCAUGGCGUGAUUGCCAACACGGCCACUGGUAAGAUCGCUGCGAGAGACAAGCUCCUCCCAGAAUGGGAGUCUCAUUAUCUAUGCCUGAUUUCCACGUUGGAAACAUCACAAGGCUCCUUUCUCUACUGUUUCACUGACGGAAGAGUCGCUAUGAUGAUACUCAAUGCCUCUCGUCACUGGCAGCUUCAAGUCUGCCAAGACCGGCAUAAUGCAAGAAUUGUCAGGUGCGCAUCAAGUGGCAGCCGCGCAGUGACUUUGGAUGAGGAUAGAUAUCUCAAGGUUUGGGAUGUUCCAAGCGGCCAUUGCAAUGGCACCCUGCGACUCCCGCGCUCCAACGUGCUCAGCUUUGAGCUCGAUGGCGACAGUGUCAUCACAUGUGCGUUGUUAUUCAGGCCGAAUACGCAUGCUAUGUGCGCCUUCACUCACUUCAAUGUUGCUUCCCGGCAAUUGAUUGACGACUGGGCAUGGCCAGCUCCCUACAGUCUCACCGAGCCAUUUGUGGUAUCCUUUGAUCCCCCGUGCGUACUCCUACCCGGUACUGUCGAGGUUUGUAUUGUAGAAUUUUGGGGCCAACCCAUUCAGUGCACGAGGACGACUAGGCAAGACAUCGCUGCUCGCGCUCUUGGACCUCCAGGACCCAAUCGUUGGAUGGCAAUUGCUGCUUUUGGUGGCGUGAUUGACGUCUACAAUUUGGCUGACCCAUCUACUCCUUGCCUCUCCCGCAAAGUAGAAGUCCGCGACGGGGCGGACAUUACCUCGUUGGCCAUAAGCAAGACUGUGAUUGCCGUCGGGCACAAGGAUGGGUCAGCAAGUCUGAUUGAUAUUGUAAGCGGUCGGGCGCUGCGUCCCCUCAACAAGCGCAUGACCAGACGAUUUGACCGCGAUGACCGGUGGGACGGUGCACCUGUGGUGCGAUCUAUCCACCUGCACCCCCACGAGCCCCGUGGCCUGUUGGACCUUCGAUACGAGAUUAUUGCCUUCAACUUUGCGCCUUCGCAACCGGUCAAGGGACAUGGUAAGCGCAAGCCAUUAAGACAGAAGCUUUCACAAGACCGUGCGAGUGUGUCUACAGCCAUUCAGCAAGAGCUGCAACACUUGGGCGAGACGCAGGAAGAAGCGAAUCGCGAGCACAGACGACUGCUGCGACUUGCUGGUGACUUGUCUACUGAGCUGACUGAAGAGGAGCUGCUGGCCUAUACACGCAUGCUGAGCGAGCAAGAUGGCGAGCUGGAUGAAGCGAUGCGGCGGUCUUUGGCAUUGGAGGAACGGACAGCUGCGGAGGAUGAGCUUGAGGCUGCAGAGGAUGCUGACAUUUCGGGCAUGUCGUACCAGGAUCAACUAGACCUUGCCAUUGCGCUGUCUCUGCCGUAGCAGGCCUCUCUCUGCCUU